AUGAAUGCCCGCAGGAGCGCCAACGCCACCAGGCCGCCGUCCCGCGCCCAAGCUCCUCCACCCCGAGCUCCGUUCGCGCUGCCGUUUGCCCGGAUCCGGCGCCGGCCGACUGGAUCCACCCGUCUUCGCUGUUCCCGGCGCUGUCAGAGCCAUGAUUCGAGUCCUCGCCGUCAAGCUCCACGCCGCUCGCCAGCCUCGCCCGCUCCGCCCCUUCCUCUGCUCCACCUCCUUAGCGUCGAGUGCCGCCCCAUCGACUCUCCUCCACGCGACGCCUCCGCCUCGUCCACCAUUGUUCCCGUCGCUCCACCCUCCCGCAAGCCCGACCUCGCACUGCUGCUCCUCUGCUUCGUCCUCUGCCGCGGCCAUCACCUCCCCGACGCCCUUGCUGCUGCUGCUAGACCACCUCGGUGCCAUCAGGGAGUGCCAUGGCCUCCACCGAGACCCUUGGAAUCAUCAAGACCGCCAAGUACCACGACAUACGGCGCCCGAACGACCACCGCACCGAACGCCAAGUUCCAGGAUGACGACGACCCGUCAAGUUCAUCUACGGGCGUGUACCACUACGCCGGAGUCCUCAGAUCUGUCAAGUUCCACUAUGAAACGUACAACUAA